UUGUAUGCAUUAACUCUCAGAACCUAUUGAUUCAUUUGUAAUCUCACUGCAGCAGAAUUGCAACAUAAAUAAUUCUACCACAAUUUUUAUUCAAUAAAAAAUUGAUUUGGUGCUUAGAAUUUUUGAGUAUUGUCACACAGCAGUUCUUCUAUUAUUUUCAACAACAAUAAAAUGGGCAAAACAAAUCUUACUUGUGAAAGAAAUGAGUAAUACACCACACUUUCAAUUAUACAACCUAUUGCGUAGUGUCUUGGAAACAGAACAUCACACUCCUUGCAUUAUUUUUUCCAACUAUUCAAUCCAACAAAUUCAAGAUUUACUGGUUAGAUUACAGUACAGCAAAGUUUUGUCAGGUUUGAGUCCUCAAUUGAGUUACUGCUCUCCUUUGAUGAAGUUAAUAACUUAAAAUGAGAUUCCAUGGAACUUUGAAUUACUGACUCCAGAACAGAAAGUAACAACUUCCAAUGAUAUAGCUCCUCUACAAAUAAAAGCCUUCUGAGGUGCUUAACAGCAUGUUCAGCUACUGAUGGAAGUGGUUGAACCUGACAGUGAGUAAUUGAGAAAGAUCCAGCUCUGCCUCACAAUUGGAUAUCAGGCUAACGAAAAACUAGGUUUAAGUAUCAGAAUCAGAUUUAAUAUCACUGUCUUCUAUGAGUGAAAUGUGUUGUUUUACACAGCAGUGUAAUUGCAAAGACAUACAAAUCUAGAAAUUACAAAACUGUAGUGCAAAAAAAAGGAAUAACGAGAUAAUCCAAUCACAAACAAGAGAAAAUCUGCAGAUGCUGUAAAUCCAAGCAAUGCACAUAAAAUGCUGGAGGACAUCGACAGGCCAGGUAUCAUCCAGGAAAAAAAAUACAGUCGAUAUUUUGGGCUGAGACCCUUCCUGCUGAAGGGUCUUGGCCCGAAAUAUCAACUGUGCUCUUCUCCAUAGAUGCUGCCUGGCCUGCUAAAUAAUGAGCUAAUAAGUCCAUGAUUUCAUGGACUGUUAUGAAACCUAGUGGCUGGGAGAAGAAGCUGUAAAAGCAGUAUUUGUUGUUUAAUAUUUAAUGUCGUUUCCAGUACACAAGUUUAAAGGAGAACAAAGUAAUUGUUACUCCAGAUCCAAUGCACCACAAAAACACAAAAGACAAUUACUUUUUAAAAACAUAAUAAAUAUAAAUACAUAAGCUAGCUUAUAUGCAGUACAUAGAUUGGUGGUAUGUCCAUAAAGUGAUGCUAGGCUGUACAUACAGGAAAUAAUAAAGUAGUGGUGGAGUUAGUGGGUGGAGGUGUUGAUCAGCCUUACUGCUUGGGGAAGGUAACUGUUUUUGACUCUGGUGGUCCUGGCAUAAGUAGCCUCCUCUCGGAUGGGAGUGGGACAGUCAGUCCAUAAGCAGCACAGCAGCAGAGGUAGAAGAAAAUCGGGAGGGAAUUAAAUUUUUGAGUUUUAGCAGCCCCAGGAACAGCCGUCACCGAAACAAUAAAGUGAGCCCCAGGCUGCCGGGGGGCUUUCUGACGGCAGGCGGCGGUGCAGCUUCUCCAAGCUGUACGGUACCGGCAAUUCCCAGUGGAAAGUGUAUCAAGGAACCAAGCUAAGGUGGCCUUAAAAGUGGACACUUCGCCCGGUUGAAGAGUUUCAUUGUUCCAAGGAAUAUUCUCUUACCCACCAGCUUCUUGGUAUUAAUACCUGAACAUACCCUCGGCCGCUUUACCUCUCUCAUCAGCAUGAGCUCAGGAAUCUUGCGUAAUGCGUUCAUGAAUAAAUUAUUUUCUUUUCUCUCUCUCUCUGUUUUGGUGACAAAACAUUCACAAGCAAAAACAUUAGUUGAUUCGUAAUUGGUCUCAAUCGGCGUGCAGCGAGCGCUGGGCAUUCGUGAUCGAGUGUCACCUCAGUGUUGGCGAAGAGCCCAGGCAUUCGAACGGUUAACUGCUCUAUCUCUUCGGGAACUUCCUCAAUCUGGUCCUCGGUUGCUCCUCCCCACUCCGAUGACUGGAUGGUUUGUCCCAGUUGAUAUUUACAGCUCUCUACCUCGGACCAUUGGAACUUACACGAGUCAGUGUAAGGAACAUGAUCAGCCGAGAGCCUGUCCAGUACAGGCAUGGAAACGGCCGCGGCGCUCACCUCCCCGCAGCUUUAGCACUGUAAUCAAAUUGAGAAUAUUGAUCAAUAUAUUUAUGCAUCAGCGAUGCUACCUUGGAAGAAAAAUAAAUUUGAUUUAAUCGAGAAGCAGCAGGGAAAGCAGCUCGGCUACUCGGUGAGUUUGAACUGUAACACUAUCACCUCGCUCGCCCGCGCCUGCCCGGACGUGGUGGCGGACAGUGCCCUCAACCGGGUCUGCAGCAUGUUCAAAUCCAAAAGGAGGAAGAUCAAGAUCACGGGCGAGGAUCCCACCUACACGGUGCUGUACCUCGGCAACGCCGCCACCAUUCAAUCCAAAGGCGAAGGCUGCGCCGAUGUGGCGGUGACCAAGAUCUGGAGCAAGAGCGAGCAAGGCAAGAACGGCACCAGGAUGAAGCUGACCAUUAGCUCCCAGGGAAUCCGCAUGGUUCACGUAGACGGCAAGGCAAGGAGACCGGGUCACCUGUACCUCCUGCACAGGAUCACCUACUGCGUGGCAGAUCCCCAAUCUCCGAAAAUCUUCGCCUGGAUCUACAGGCACGAACUGAAGCACAAGGCUGUGAUGCUCAGGUGUCACGCCGUGCUGGUCUCCAAGCCCGAGAAAGCAAAGGCAAUGGCCCUCCUCCUCUACCAGACCUCCAGCAACGCCCUGGCCGAGUUCAAGAGGCUGAAGAGGAGGGACGACGCCAGGCACCAGCAACAGAAGCUGGUCGGGGAGCAGAGCAUUCCCUUGGUCCCGCUGAGGAAGCUGAUGAACGGCCAGUGCAGCUACAAGCCUCCGGUGGAGAGGAGCAGAAGCGCCCCGAAGCUGGGCUCUAUCACCGAGGACCUGGUGGGGGAGGAGGAGGAACAGAGAGCCCUGCUGGAGAUCAGCCUGGAGUACGAGGACAUCCUGGGCAGAACAGAGCCCUCGGCCAGCGACGAGCACCAGAGCUUUACCGAGCUUAUCAGUGACCUGGGCGAAUUGACGAUAGGCAACGAUGUCCAGUUACUGAGGGCUGAUCUACGAGUUACUAGACUGCUGUCCGGCGAAAGCACCAGCAGCGAGUCGUCGCUGGGCAGCGGCACCAGCGACCAGGACGCGGUGGCAGCAGCAGACGACAGUGAGGAAGGAGAUCUACAAGAGAUGGGAUAAUUGUAUCCGUCCUCGGAACCGGCAGCGAUCACAUCCCGCGUGUUGCCUCUCACCUUCCCUGUACCUCAUCUUUACUGUAACUUUAAGAUGGAAAAAAGAGGAAGAACUUCGUGCAAUUCGGGAAAAUGCAUGCACAAAAUGCUUUUCAAAAGGACAUUGUCUGGCUUACAAUUUUGCGCCAACUUUAUUCGUACCCUAAAUGAGUAAGUAGAAGAUUUAACACUUAGAAAUGGAAGUUGCGAUGUGUGAGCCGGUCUGGUCUCUCUUACAAUGAACUUCCUAUGGAAGUAGCGACAAUGAUGGCUGACGCUGGGACACGAUUUGUGUCAGUAAUAUGACCGGCAACAUGCUGCCCUUCUGAAAGUCCCCUCCCCCUAUUCACUGCGGAGGCGGCAAGGUGGCCGCGGUGACCGGUUGCUCCCCAUCGUGUGCCGCUAUCCUGUGACCAAGGGCAAGGAAGCGCAGCUUUGACCUGGACUAAUGUUGGUAUCUCAGUGGUUAGACUGGCAGGUGCAGUUACAGCUGGGUGAACGUCUUUGUGAAGUCAGGCCGGGAUGUGGUUUACAAGACAAAACCAUCAGGCUAUGGCAAUUAAAUAAACACUCGGUCAGAUGCAGUAGCCGCACUGGAAAAUUUAAGGCGACGUUGAAGAGUGUGAUGAGAUAAAGGAAAACUACUUCUCGUACAUGGAAAUUAUUGCCUGAUUUAACUGAACUGAUAUUCAGCGAUGAAUGGAUUCCUUUCAAUUGUGUUCUCUCCUUAUGGAAUGGAUGCUGUUUCUUUCAUUCAGUGACAUGCCAUGGUUAUUUGUCUUAAAUUAAGUAUUUGUUUACAAUCUCUUUAUUGAUUCACAGAAUUUACUCUUGCCUGUUACACUCCGUGGUUUGUAAAUUGCACUGUUGUGAAUUCUUAACCAGUGUUUUAUUGUCUGUAAAUAGUUUUGUGACUGGAUAUAAUAUAUUUCUUUGCUGUGCAAAAGAAAAGUGCAGCAAGCAUUGAAUGUCCUCACUUCUGUACAUAAAAUGUGUAAAUCUGUACAAGCAAGAUGGAUGUUAUUUUUAAAAUAUUUGAUGAAGAAGUGUCUAUCGUUUUUUGUUGGCACAAAAUGAAACAAUAAAGUCAAUGCAAAAUGUCUUGUGCUGUAGUUUUAACCUAAUGUCUUGCUGUGCAUGACUAAAUCUAAAUAAUAACAGCAAAUUGCAAAUUGGGAAAAAGGCUUUCAGAUUAAGGUUGAUUAGCUUGUGAGCAUGCCUUUAUCAUGUAUUUAAUUUACUCCAAUCCAUGUUAAAGGCUUAAAGGCAUCUUUGAUCACGACAGUUGAUGUACAUUUAAACCUGCUGAGAAUAAUAGAUAAAUGCACACGAAAGUGAUUUGCUUUUUUUGUGAUGACAGGUUUUGACACUAUCAAUAGCAAAUCCCACUGUGAAAAUAAAAUAACUCUGAAAAACAUAUAUCUAGAAUAUGAUGUGCACAAGAAAAUUACAUAAUUCGGGAAACAUCAUUUAUACUUAUCGAAGUGAACAACAGCAUUGAAUGAAUCAACAGCAUGCAGACUGGAUUUGUUUCAUAACACUCUAAAUGGCACUCAUGUGUUUAUUAAUUGGCUUUCAACAAGAUUUGAAUAAUUUUGCAUAAUAUAGUUGAAGAAAAUGAAAAAUAAAUUUAAAUUCAUAAUCA